UCUUGCCCAAAAUAUCUGAUAGGAGCCUGUCACUUUAUAAAAGAUCUUUAUCCUGACUUCAACAAAAAUAAAAGAUAUCUCAUAGUGCAAAGAAUCAUUCAUGGCUCACAAAAGAUGAGAGAUGAUCCCAUCUCUCAAAAAUUACCUCUUCAAGUACACUAUUUAAUCACCUUCUCUCUCUUUGUUAGCAUUUCAGAAUCUUGUGAUAAUCUUCUCUUUACCACUAUUCUUUCCUGCUGUUUCUAUGGAUGCCACUGGUUAGAUGAGCUCAUAUAG